UCUUGUCUUAAACGUAACCUCAAAUUUAAUUGUUGCGUUAUUUAAUUCUAUUCUUUAUGUUGAAUAAGAAAAAUGUCUAAUUCCCAUUUAUUUUUGAAGUCUGGCUUUCCUCGAGCUCCUUUGCAGAAUGGGGUUGGCCGUUAUGUUUGUCAACUACAACGACUUACACUCAAAUUUUGUAAAAGCCAUGGCAAUAGUAGAGGUAUGAGGGAUUUUAUAGAGAGUGACUUAGUCGAUUUCGCAAAGAACAAUCCAGGAAUUGUUGUUUAUUUAAAACCUAGAAGACAUCGAUCAGCGGUAAUGACUGCUGAAUAUUUGAAUGGAGAUAGGCAAUGGGUGUCUUGUAAGGAUUAUAAUAGAGAUGAAAUAAUAAAGUGGAUCAACUUAUUGAAAUCACAAAAUGGUAACUCUCAAGCUUUACGAUAUAGAAAAAGAUGGCAUACUGAUUAUCCUUCAAUACAAGGACCAUGGACACCAUUUACUCUUCGUAAUCCAGAAUUAAAUCAGACUGUAUUUCCAAAUGAAAAACUUUCUACUCCGUUAGAACUUCAACCAACAGCAACUGAACAAUUAAUUGAAAUGUUUAAAAAACAACAAUUGUCAGAACCUUCUUUACAAGAGAAUAAGCCAGAGUAAAUUGUAAAUUUAAUUGCAAAAUAGUUCAGGAA